AUGGAGGACCUGACCAAGGGCUACAGAAGUGACUUUUCCGGGCUGCGCCCUUUUGAAAGAGCGGCGGCAGUCAGAAAGGUCCAGGGCGAGAUCCUCGCUGGACUCCCGCUCAACACCCUCUACGUCGUGCUCUACGUUCGCGCCGACCCUCCCAUCGCCAACGACUUCCACUGGGGUCUCUAUAUCCACACUGACCCCUCCAGUGGCUUCAAGUACCAUGUGAAGAACCCGAGCACCGACGGCAAGGGAUGGCUUGCGGACCACGGCAGAACUUCAGGUCUCUUGAAGUCUAACCUUCUUUGUGUUACCAUUCAGAUCGCACGCGUGCCUGGCGAUAAAGUCGCUCAAGUCGAUCCCAUCAUGAGGUUCUAUGAUGGAAACCUGAACGCGAUGCCUGGUAUCACUUGCCGCAUUUGGGCGCUUGCAAUUCUGCAGAAGCUCAUGGACCAGGGCAUUGUCAAAUGCAGCAGUGUCAAGGACCUGGAGGCGGAGUGUUUGUCAGUGGGGAACCAUUACAUGGUUGAUGCUGCAAACUCUCGCCAGCCACGCCCAAUUGUGAAGUCGCGCGUGUGUCUUUGA